AUGUCAAAACGACGCAGAGACUGUGAUUUGGAUUCACCGAAGAAGCGUAUUCGAGCUCAUGAAGUGGGACCAGUUGAUCGCUUGUCCAGUCUAAGCAAUGAGUUGCUACUCCAUAUUCUAUCCUUCUUGCCGGUCUCCUCCUUGAACAUUUGUCAAAGGCUAUCCCGUCGCUUUCAUACUCUGGGUGGGGACUCGGAGCUAUGGAAAAGGCAAUACUACUCCCAAUGGGUGCGGCCCCGAGCCCGUCGCCUCGCAAACACCAAACGUACAGUGCUGCCGUCCAAGGUAGAUUAUUCUCCCAGGGUUGCGACAUGGUUUGACCAUGGGCACUUGGCGCAUGAAGGCAAUUGGAAAAGGCAGUACCGACUGCGACACAAUUGGUCCCGAGGGCUAUGUCGGGUUACUGAGGUUGAAUUCCCCGAGCCGUCUAGUCCUCCCACCCUAGUCAGAUUCUGUGCCGGCAUUGUUUUCAUGGCAGAUUCGACAAGCGGGCUCAGAGCAUGGACCGCCAAAGACCAUGCUCGUUGUGUAGCAAGUGUUCCUUUGUCGGGCCCUUCGAACUUGCCUGAAAGCCCAACCGCUUUGGCUGUAAGCCAGGUUCACGGUCAGGUCGCGAUCUCAGUCGGAUUGGAGAACGGUCAUCUCCGCCUGUUUUUGCUAGACCUCCAGACGUUUGAAGUGAAGCUGCAGUCCUCUUAUGCUGCCUGCAAUGGUGCCAUAACCGCCAUGGCUCUAUCAACGCCAUACCUAUUGGUGGUAUCCCAGUACAAACACUUGACAUUGUACCGCCUGCCUUGUCACAACCAAGGAGGAAGCCCGGAUACUACUGAACCCCGUCGGCUUGCCUCUCUCAAAGCAGACAACAUUGUUGCUCCCAUGACUUUGUCUCUUCGCGUGUCUCCAUCGGAUAUCAUUGCAACGAUUGUAUACAGUUUUUUCCACCUCGGCUGUGGGUGGUCCCUGGGGAUUCAAGAAAUUCGGCUAGACAAAGAUGGGCAGCAACUUGAUUCGCGACUGACCACCACGGUGGAUUCUCAAUAUGGCGUGCGACCGCUUCGCGGGUUACAAUCCGGCAAGCAACAACCCUCUGCAGCAGAGCCAGACAAUUAUGAAUCCGCUCCUGAUGCGCCGUUCAUUCUCCAUCGGAAGCCACCGACCUCCAUGUCCUAUUCUCACCCAUAUUUACUGACCUCUCAUGCUGACAACACAUUGACUAUGUACCUCGUGGUCUCUGCCUCCAACAAGCUGUUUGUUCAAGGUGGCCGCCGGCUUUGGGGCCACACCUCGUCCGUCUCGGCCGUCCAGGUCACCAAACGAGGAAAGGCUGUUUCAGUCAGCUCUCGGGGAGAUGAAAUCCGGAUUUGGGAGCUGGAGACGGCCAUCUCCUCCUUAGGCACCCGCAAAAUCCUCAAAGAAGAUCACGGUAUCCAAUUGAGCACGGGAAACACACGUGAAUUAGAGUCUGCACUCCCUAUGACGCUUUCCGAAAGCCUGAAUAGCACAGGCCUGGGAGUUGACUCCCCGGAGUGGUCAAGAAUGCAAGACUGUGUGGGAUUUGACGAGGAAAGAGUCCUCUUACUACGAGAAAAAGGCGUUGGAACACAACUUCUUGAAUGCUAUGAUUUCACCUGA